AAAUCGAUCAGUAAGUACAUCUCUGUUGUCAGUAAGGGGCAAGAGCUGCUCUGAGGAGGUCAAGGUUGGACCUGUACCCCAUAUCCCUUCAGCUUCUUCCUCUGAUAAAUCUCCAGGAGAGCUAUCCCAGUUGCUGUUCAGAAAGCUUGGGGUCAGAAGCUCUACCAAGAGGAAGACUGCAAGAGCCGCAGUGGGUGUAAGGGUUUUCAAAUCUGUUACUUGAGUAGCAACUGUUCCUUGGCUGAGUGGGAUGUUCCAGUACUUUUUUUUCUCUGCCUGCUUCGUUGUCCGGUUGCAGCCAGUGUCUUCGAUGGCUCUGGACCCCUGCUCUGCCUACAUCAGCCUGAACGAGCCCUGGAGGAACACAGAUCAUCAGAUAAAUGGUUCCCAUGGCCAGCCCACCUGUGACAAUCAAAUAGAUGGGGAGUGGUAUCGCUUCACUGGCAUGGCUGGCGAUGCCAUGCCUACCUUUUGUAUCCCUGAGAACCACUGUGGGACCCAUGCUCCCAUUUGGUUGAACGGCAGCCACCCGCAAGAGUCGGAUGGCAUCGUCCCCCGCCAAGCCUGCGCCAGCUUCAACGGCAACUGCUGCCUCUGGAAUACCACCAUUGACGUCAAGGCGUGUCCAGGCGGGUACUACGUCUAUCACUUAACCAAGCCCAGCGUUUGUUUCCAUGCGUACUGUGGGCAUUUCUAUGACAUCUGCGAUGUGGUGGAUUGCCAGGGCUCCUGCCUGGACACCAGUGACUGCACAUGUUCCCCAGGGACAACGCUAGGACCUGAUGGACAGACCUGUCUUGAUGACAACGAAUGCGAGAAGGGAAACGGAGGCUGCAGUGAAUUAUGUGUUAACCUGAAGAACUCCUACCGCUGUGAGUGUGGGAUUGGGCGCACACUGGGAAGCGAUGGGAAAACCUGUGAAGAAAUUGAAGGUUGUCACAAUAACAACGGAGGCUGCAGCCAUGCCUGUAUUGAAGUGGAAGACACAUACCAGUGUGAAUGUCCGAGGGGCCUGGUUCUGUCAGAAGAUAACCACACUUGCCAAGUUCCAGUGUUGUGCAAGUCUAGCUCUAUUGAGGUGAGCAUCCCAAAGGACCUGGUUGGAGGCCUGGACCUUUCCCUCAUUAACACUUCCUGCAAAGGAGUAUCCAACGGCACUCACGUCAACAUCCACUUCUCUUUGAAGUCCUGUGGCACUGUUGUAGACGUAAUAAAUGAUAAAAUCAUUGCCACCAAUCUGGUGACUGGCUUGCCAAAGCAGACUCCAGGCAGUAAUGGGGACAUUAUUGUCCGCACCAGCAAGCUGCUGAUCCCGGUGACCUGUGAGUUCCCGCGCCGGUACACCAUCUCCGAAGGUUAUGUGCCCAACCUCAAGAACUCCCCCUUGGAAAUCAUGAGCCGCAACCAAGGAAUCUUCCCCUUCACUCUUGAGAUUUUCAAAGACAAAGAAUUUGACGAGCCUUACAGGGACACCCUUCCCACCCUCAAGCUUCGGGACUCUCUGUAUUUUGGGAUCGAGCCCUUGGUACACGUCAGUGGACUGGAGACACUGGUUGAGAGCUGCUUUGCCACUCCCACCUCAAAAAUUGAUGAGAUCUUGAAGUACUACCUGAUUCAAGAUGGCUGCGUUUCUGAUGAUUCAGUGAAACAGUACACGUCAAAGGACCAUCUUGCCAAGCACUUCCAGGUUCCCGUGUUCAAGUUUGUGGGCAAAGACAACAAGGAGCUGAACACAAGUACUUCGGAAGACGGUGAUAAAACCAAAUAAAAUUAAAUAAAAUGUGAACGCCAGUUGUGGCUGCUGUAGACUGACCCAGCCUGCUGCGCAGUAUCAUGUAGCCCAGUAUGGGGGCUGAAGCCCUGUCAUAGCCUUUCAACUCCGUCUAGUCUCGACUGCCUCUUCCUGCCAUGCACAACAGCAGCCGAUACAGGUACACUCAAAGCUUGUGUGCUGGCGGGCUGAAAUCAUCGCUCUUUCCCAUGUAGGCUCUGGGGAGCCUCCUACGCUGGGAGAGAAAGGUGUUUGUGUUUCCAGUGACCAAACAGAAACCCAGGGAGUUAGGCGCAUUGUGCAGUGUCCUGUCUUUAAAACAAGACAGUCUGUAGCUUUGGAUCUCUUCAGCCAUGUAUCUUCUCUGGGUCUUUGAGCGCAAACGCCCUGCAGGUUUCCAGGCAUGAGGCCACCAUACUGAUUAAUUCAACAUGAAACCAGGCAGGCCAGGCUGAUGGCAGUUUGUGGCAGAGGCUCUCUAGUGUGAGGACAGCUGAAGGGUAAUGCUGUCUUCCUAAUGCAAAUAGCUUUCCUCUUCUUUGCUAGAAGAAGUCAGGUUUUUCAAUCACUGUUGUUAUACUCAGCCAGUACUGCCUGUCCCAAAAGGCAUAAAGCUGCCUCUCCGGCCUGUGCAGAGCCUCAGUAGGGUUAAAAAGGAUAAGGUCCUUUUAAAUUCAUAGAUUUCACUGGCCUUCUGAUUGCCACUGCUGCCUCCACCCCACAUCCUCCAGGGCCGGUGCAAUGGAUUUUGCUUCAAAUCUCACUGUUGACUACGCUUUCACAAAUAUUCGCUUCCUUAAUCACUGCUUGCAGGGAUCUUGCUUACUCUUCUUGUCAUUUAGAGGGAAGGGAACAGCAAUCCUAUCACUGUCUACCUUUACUGUGCAGAAAGAAAAGGCAGCUGUCUCCAUGCCCUUUGUACUCUCCUCCUUUCAACUACCAGUCCUGGCCCCUCAUGAGCCUGUGUUUUCUCCUUUGCUCCUCAGUCUUCUAUCCUUAAAUGCUUUCUCAGCGCAUGUCAAACUCUUGCACCUUUGCGUCAAUGCAUCUCCUUGCGAGGCUUCAUGCGUUCUUGGCCUGCUUCCUACCACACUUCCAGUCCAUACGAGCUCUUCCAAGCUCACUCCUGACAUUUUCAUACCUUCUUCUGAAGGUUCAUUUCAUGCGUUCAUGUUCUCUGUCUUAGUCCCUGGCUAAGAGGCAAACAGCAUGCUCUGAAUUUUCUGCCGGGCAAACAUGCUCUCACCUGAGCAUCUAAGAAAACAGAUGGAGCAGCCAAUUUGGCUGUCAUGGUGGAUAAGGACAUUACUGACCUGGACAGAAAUGGCUGUGCUGUGGGAAUCGCAUACAUCCCAUGCUCCGUGAGAGCCGGCAGCACUGCCAGUCAGGUUCCCACAGCCCGUUGUGCACUGACUUCGCCUGCUGUCUUGCC